AUGGAUGUCGUUUUCGAGUUCACCCGCGUUGUGAUUUCGGCUGUUAGCAAACGAUGCGCUAGUGCCAUCCUCGAAGUUGCUCGACAGAACCCACGGUACAGUGGGCGUCUGAUAGAUAUGGGCCAGGCGACCAAUCGAGCGUACGUACACCUGAAAUACUUCAGCGGGAUAGUUCUCAUGCCGCCGGGGCACGUUCACUCUCACCCGCGGUGUGCGUCUCCACAUACUUCCCAGUCUUCGCACUCAACUAGCAGCCAACCGUCUUCGCAAAAGGCGAAUGUGCAAGCCGCUGCUUCUCCAGCAGCUGAAGGAGGUUCGGCUGUGUCUUCGCAGCGGCCGCUGGACGCUGAACCUCGGCCUCCAAGUGCCUCAUCGCAGACGACUCAGGCAGACGCUUCCAACGCAGCAUCCACGUCUUCCCCGGCUUCUGCUUCCCCGUCUUCUUCUUCCCCGUCUUCUUCUUCCUCGUCUUCGUCGUCCUCGUCUUCGUCUUCCUCUGGAAGCUCGCACGCCGCGCCGUUUUCUUCGUGGACGCGGACAGGGACGAGGAUUACUCUCAAUGUAAAAUCCCUGGACGACGACAAGGCCCUUGAGGUUGGAGCUGAGGCUCUUAGCGAUGGCCUGGUGAUGCUCGUUAUGCUCUGCCUGGUCGCCGUCGGUCUGUACAUCCGGCGCUUCUACGCCGCUCGGACAGAGGCGAAGGCGUGCAUCUACACGCAUUCAGAAUGUGUCUCACCCUGUGACGACGGACCUGCGCUCGCCGACGGUGCGCCGGCACUGGCUUCGUCCGACCCCUCCUUUCCGCCACCCUCGACUCCCAUCUCGAGCAGCGCAGCUCGCGCGUGGCGCGCACACGCUCUGUUUCACGCAGUCGCUUCGUGGGAGGCCAUCCUCCGACUUUUCCCGAGCCACCAUGAGCGCCUGGAUCUUUUGCGCAAGCAACCCAAGUCCCAGGCGUCCCUCCGCACGCUCGCCCGGUUGAUGCACACUCUCCCUGCCUCCGCACACCACGCUUUGUGGCUGUCUGUCGUGGGCCUCGUGAAGACGAUCAACCGGACGCCCAGACCGGCCUGCGACCUGGCGCCCGACGCGCGUCGCGGAGACGGUCUCUCGGGGCAGCCGGCGCCUCCGCGAGUUCCCGCGGGAGGCGGAGACGCCCACGAGGGAGACUGGACGGACACCUGGAAGGCCGACGGCACGAAUGGUUGGGCGGCUGGGGAAGAGCUGAGGCCGCGACCUGUCAGCCGGGAGGAAGAGAACGCGAACCCAGAGGCCGUUCUUCUAAGGCGCUUCUCCGUGCUAGCCUUGUUUCUGGGGGCCUUUGUAGACCACCAAACUGCCGUCAGUCAGAGAAAGCGACGGCUGCAGCAUGGGCAAAGAGGAGCGUCCGGUCUUCCCCGCUCCGCUGAAGGAUGCAGGGAGGCUCCGGGGAACGACAACGAACUUGAAAGUGCUCCAUCGCUUCCCGAACAAGAUGACCGAGAGCGCAAGGGCGGAGCCGCCCUGUGCAGAGGCUCGGGGCCCGUCCGCCGCUCGCUCGAGUCCCGGAACGCAGAGGAACCUCCGGAGGCGAAGACAGCUGGUGGGUGUACGUACGCUCCACCUAUGGGCGUAUACGUGGUUGCGUCGUUUCUGAAAAACAAUUGCUUCCGUCUGCGCCUGCCGCGAGUAACGUCCAAGACGCCCAAGGCUGAGAACGCAUGUGACCAAACGAAGGCGGAGGCGACAACCCAAGAGAACAUCGGAAGUUCCACGGAGGCCGAGAGCGUCCUCGGAGGCACUGACACCGAGUGCAGCGCCACGGGGAAAGGCCGACAGCUGUUGAGUUCGGAUGCCAAUGAGGUUGACGCGCAGCGAGACGACCGCGGCGCGGGGCCAGCUAGCGGGGCCGGCGGGGCGUCGCGAGGCGGCGCAACCCAGAGCAGGGCGGUGGAAGCGGCGAAAGACGCAUCGACGGAGGACGUUGGCGAAGAACUGCGGCUUUUGCAGUGGCGGGUCGGGGACAUCGUUGUCAAGUUGGUCGAGUUGGGAUUGUUUGUCUCGGCACCAGCUGCGCAGCUCCAGGCGCAGGGCGAGGAGACACCCUCGCUUGGCAGGCAGGGGCCAAGCCCUCCUGCAGGCAGUGACGGACACGUUGCUGACGGAGCGACGCAGGACGCGGAGUCAGGGGAGAUCCAGCAGCUGCCUCUUCCAGGGAGACAGUCCUUCGUGCUCUCUGCGCUGCUCCAUCAGCUUCAGCUAGUUGCCGCAGCUACGACGGAGCCAGAGGAACGGCGUCAGCGUCUCCGGAGCCUCGCGCGGUUUGCGCGGCGGCCCCACGUCGCUACCCCCCUCGAGCGUUCUCUCGCCGCCGCAGAUCGAGCGAGUCCGCGACCGGGGCGAGCUGUCUCUUCGUCUUCUCGUCUGUGGAAUUCGCGUCAGCCGUUUCAGGACGAGGAGCCCGGCGACGCCCGAGGACGGAGAGAAGCGCAGCGAGACGUUGUGCUCGAGAAAGUGCUCCUUCUUGUUCUUCUUCUCCUUCAGCCUCCCUUUCCCCUGCUGCAAGAAGAAGGGACGACAAGGCUCGUCGCCGCCUGGUGGGGGCGUCAUCAGGCGCUCCGCCAGCUGUUCUUCAAUAACCUCUUAGGAGUGUUGGAGGACGAGGCCGUGCCUCUCUGGCAACUGGAGACGCUGGGGAAAUUCUUCUUUCUCGCUGUGAGACUCUCUCUCGCAUCUCCGUCCCCCCUGACUCUCGAACUUCAGCAGCUUCUUCGAGCCUGCGCUUCUUCGCCCCUGCCGCUCGCGCACCGCUGCCGGGUCUUCCUCGUUCCGUUCUUCCAACAGCCUGAGUUGUCGCCUCACCUCGCGUCGCCUCAGGAUCCUGCAGGCUGUCGGGUGACAGCGAACGUCGUCAGUCUCGCCGAUGCCUUUCUGUGGCGAUCCCUGAAGAGUCCAAACUGGCAAGUACGCUUCAACGCCGUCUGCCUGUGGCAAGUCCUUUCCUCCUCGCACCUGGCGCUGCAGGAGCAACAUCCUGAAUACUUCAUUGCCACUCUCAAGCAGACGCUCGAAGACCCGUGCCCGUCGGUUCGCCUCGCGUCUGCAGCCUUCGUGUCUUCGCUUCUUCGCCGCUGCUGCACUUCCGCCGUGCUGCCUCCCUCCUCGCAGAUGCGAACCCACAGCAUCUCUGAGGCUCGAGCCCCGCAGGAAGGCAGCGGUGUCUGGCUGCUGUCUCCUGCAGUCUUUUCUGCGCUCCUCGACUGUCUCCUUUCUGCAGCCGCCGACACAUCUGCGCCUCUCGUUCGGGCCCAGGCAGUCCUGGCCGUCCACAGCGCCGCGCAGCCUUUCUCGCCAGCUCUGGAGCGACUCCAGAGCCCGCCCGGAGGUCCGCGGCGAGGGCUCGAGGCGGCCACAGCGGCUGGCCACGCCGCUGCGCGCGACGCGAUCCGCGAUCUCGCGCCGCGACUGAGAUCGCUGCUCCACGACGCCUCGCCCUGCGUGCGACUCGCGGCUGCGAUGCUCGUCGGCCCCUACACGGACGGCGCCCCCGGCGGGCAGAGACAAUCGUGUGAGGGCCGGGACGGGGAGAGCGAAGCCGCGAGCCGCGGACAGGAUCUGUGGCAGCUGGGAGGCCGGGGGACGGAAGGGAGAGAGGGGCGGCUGACAGGAACGCGCGUGCAAGACCAAGUGUGGGGUCGAUGCACGCGCGAUUUCCUCGUCGGUUUGCUGUCCGCACAGCACGCCGAACGCGUCAUGGCGGUGGCCUCGCUGGCCAGGCGGCGCGCUGCGGAGCGGCGAGACGUGCGUUCGAGAGCUUCGCCUGGAGGACGCUUCGAGGCUACCGCGCGCCGCUCCGCAGAAACGGGCGCCUCUGUCAAGGGCCCAGGCGACUCGGACCUGGCCCCGUCGGCCGUGCGCUGCGCAGGCUCUGGGGGAGGCGGAGACACGCGCGGUAGGCUGGGCAAGAGAGACGCACGCAGCUGGCGAAAACACAGGUCGGCGGCGGCCUUCGCAGCCGCCACUGUGGGGACGACAGGAGAAGAUGGGGCAGAAAAUGCUCUCAGUCAGGCGCUGUGGAGGGCGCGCGAAGAGCGACGGUGUCUUGACUCGGUCGCCGCCGUCGCGAACGCUGCGGAGCUGCAUACGGCCGGUCCCAUGGUGGUGUCUCGACACCUGGCGAGACAGCUGCUUCUCCAGCUUUUUGAGGCGCCUCUCCACGAACAAGCUUUCCAGAUAAAGCGACUCUGUCAAACGCACGCCCCUCUGCUGUAUGCCUUGGCGGCUCACGUGGGCGCGUGCGCGUGCGAGCCGGCUGCGCCUUGGCCUUCCCCCGGUUCUCCCCCCUCGCGGCCGAUGCUCGAUUCCAGCAGCGAGGAAACGAGAAGUUGCACCAGCGAGAACUGCCGAGGCCGCGUCAGCUACGUCGACAGAUGCAGGCUGGGCGUGGCCCUCUUCACGCAGGUGCGCGCGGAGAUUGUCGCCUACGAAGCAGCGAAAAACAGGACGGGGCUGCGCCUCGGGCGGGAGCGCCAGGCUGGCGAGACGGCGAACGCGGCGGAAAGAAGCCCAGACACAGAAGAAACGAAGAAAGCCUCGUGGUAUCGAGGAUCGCUGCUCGUCGAAUGGCAGGCUCAGCUCACUAUGAGUGCACAGCUCUUGCGGCCUCACUGCUUACGCAGGGACGAGCAGCUCUUAGAAGAACAGCCGCUGCUUCGUCGAUUCCUCAUCAAUAGUAUACAGGAAGGCGACCUUCUGGCGUGCCUGCAAAACACCGCCGGUGGAGCGGUGCUUCAGUACAGCUUCUGGAACUUUUUUGUCUCCCUUCCCACCUGCGUCACGUUCUCCACGCCGUCGAGCAGUGACGCAAACGCGCCUGCGCAGGCCCCGCCCGUGGAACAAUCGUGCGGAAGCAACCUUUUCUCUUCGCUUCUCUCCGACGCUGACGGCGUUUGGCCUUCCUUCCUCGGGUCGGACCUCGAGCCCGGCGCAGUCUCUGCUGAGAGCUCCGCAGUCCGCGCGUCUGCCACAACCCCCCACGCGUACUCCCGCGUCCUCAAGUUGUUCGUCCAACACGUUUCUCUUUUUCUGGAUGGUCGGCGCUGCGCGGCCGUCCAGGCACUCCACGCGUACACGGCGGCGCACACCUGUCACGCGGUCCUUACAGCUGCAGAUGCAGAUCCUGGAUCCACAGCACACGGGAUUGAAGGCGUCGAUCGGAAGCUCGGCGUCCCUGCGAGUCCACCGAAAAGGACCGGGGGGGCCGAGUCGUCGCCCGACACUGGCGGCGGAGCUCUGGAGGACGGAGACGGCCGCGGGCGAGCUGGUGCGCGCUGCAAUGGGAGCAAAACGCGCCGAGCCACGGGCACGGGAGAACAGACAGAAACGCAUCCAGAGGCUGCAGAAGGGACAGGACUCUCGGCAACGAGGGGAACCCGCCGGUCGAGCCCUGCGCUUCGCGAGCAGACACAGGCGGAAAGCGCGGCCAAGCAGACAGAGAGAGAGACAGAGGACAGCGGCAGCGAGGAGGGAAAGCGGCGGUGUCUCCGCCCAAGAGCCGGAAAAGGUGAGGGCAGAGGGAAUCGAAGCGCCUUGCGGACUGAGAGCAUGAGCGAAAGUGAAGACCCAGCAAUCCCUGCGCGUCCCCGAGGCAGACGGUAUCGAGGCGAGAGAGAACCUCACAUGUCCAGAAUCGAAGACGGCGCAGAGGGAGCGACGUUCAAGCGUCGAUCGUCCACGCUGCCUAGAGGCAACGCGCGUGAAGCAAGUGAUGGGGGAAAAAGCGAGUUUGUUUCCUUGGUCGCGAAUCGUGCAUCCUCUCGCCACGGGAGUUCCGGUGCUCAGCAACCCCCGGACGAAUGGCCGACGUGUGGAGGCUCGGAUUCGCCUGUGCCGACUUGGCUGCAGUCCCGGUCGGAAGCCGAAGUCGACUCGGCUCUCUUCCUUGAUGUUUUCCUGCCUUUUCUUCUUCGGCAGCCUCGUCUCAGGCGGUGGUUUGCCGCGCAACUCGGCCGCCGCCUUCUGCCUCUGGUCGCAGCUCUCGAGCAGCAAAGACAGCUGCUGGAGUCAGAGGAACGCGCGGACCGGGCGGGCUUGGAAGGGGACAGUGCGGAGGACCACCUGGAGGGACGUGGGAACCCGCGCGACAAGAAGGCUCGGCGGCUCGCUGUGGAGACUGAAGACUGCGGAUGGCACGUCGCGCGUCCAAGACAUCGCGACGCCGCGAGGCCGGUCUCGCCAGGAAGGAGUCCAGGGAACAUCUGCGAUCGAGAGGGGAGACAAGACGGGGACGGGGAGGCAGUGAGGACGCUUACAAGACGCCAGAGAGUCCUGGCGCAGAAAGCCACCCGGGACCACAGGUCCGGUGAAUCCGGGGAAGAGGAGGCGGAAAAGCCAUGCACAGAUUCGGCAAGCGGGCAGUUCGUGAGGAAGAGCCGAGGGACGCGGAGAGGAGAAGCAGAUCCGGAGAGUGGCCAGGACACAGAGGCAUCCGAGGUCUCCGAAGACGAGGACGAGACGAGCGAGGACGAUCCUAGAGAUGAAGACUUUCAGCUUGGGUGCGCGAGAAGGUCGCGACGAGGGAAACGGCCUCGACGGGGGCACGACCGCUGGAACGCGAAGAAACUGAGGAGCGAUCCGGUUUCAGAAGCACAGAGACAUUCCUCGACUCUUGAACUCGCGUUCGAAAAGCACCAAGAACUUCUCUGCGUCGCGCUGAGGCAAACGCCUGUUCCAAGCUGUCUCGCAUUGUCACAGCGCGGGGUUCCUGCUCACGUCGCUUCUUCAGUUUUGCCUGUAUCGGGUUCACUUCCCCCGUCGCCUGGCGCCUCUAUUCGUCCAGAUCAGCCCUCUUUUCUGUCUCUUCCGUCGUUCGUCGCGGCACUGGAAAUUGCCGCCUUGUUGCGGCAUAUGCCACGAGGACGUGAAAUCCUCAUUGGCCUCGACGAGCCGCCCAACUCUGCAAGGGAUGCCUCGAGUGCCGCAAACGCAGCCGAUAGCUCUCCACAUUCCAAGGAAUCUGCCGGGAAAACAACGCUCCAGGAGCGCUUCGACCUUUUGCCUCUUCGCGAUGUUUUUCUGCAUGCAAGCGUGGCCUUCCUGCGAGCUCUGCGGCGGCUUCUGAGCCGCCCCGCGUUCCAGGCUCCUGGAUCGUCGAGUGCCGUUUUCUCUCUUCUCCGGGCGGGGCCUGAGCACCUGGAGCGCCCAGACGACCCCGCGACCGCAGGUGAAGGCCGGCGUGGGGCUGCGUGCUCAGACCCUCCGAUGCCGCUCGAGAUCUUUAUGGUGGCUGCCCACCAGCCGCGCCCAGUGUCCAGGCGCGGAGAACAGCCUCUGCUCCGAGCCUUACUCGCACAGUUUCCGCGGGAGCGCCUUACCCUCCAGCGGUUCCUCUUCAAGCGCGCUCUCGAUGUCUUCUGCAGUCUAGGUCAACUGGUGGCGGCGUACCCGCGUCGACACGUCCCCGCUCCAACGGUGAGUUUCUGCCUCGCAGGGCCAAUCAAGCCUUUUGCCAGCGAAACUGCACGCGCCCACGUGUUUUCCUGCGUUGUCGGUCUGGCUCGAAACGCGGAGACCGGCUCCAGGCUCUCCGCAGGUGGAUUUGAAGGUGUUCAUGGAUUCGUCGAGGUAUGCGUUAACACGCAGAGCGAUAUGGACGGUGGGAACGCACGGGAAAGAAAGCGGGAAAGACAAACAUGCACGUCGCUGUUUGGUUUCCAAGCCUGUGGUGAAUUGCCUCAGAGAUUACUGAAUCCCGCUCUAGUCGAGCUCAGCGGUUUGCUGGAGCCUCUCGCCAACGUCGAACCUCUUGCCGGUCAAGGCCCUCAGCAGGCAAGCGCGCUGUCGCUCUCUGUCGCCUCUGGCGUGGUCCUAGAAGCGGGCGCGGAGUUGCUCCCGACCCCCAGAGAAGAGCCACAGAGCGCUGACGCGACCGCGACACAAGCGGCAGCAUGUCGACGUGGGCACCGGCGCAGGCUUCGGGCCGGCGGCAUUACCGGCGCGGUCGACGGGGCCGGCAGGCUGGACUCGCCGCAGGUGCGGCUCAAGACGAUGGGCGACACGACAGUGGAACUCAAGCGGUGGAGGCGUAACAUCCAUAUCAUCCUCGAAAUAUACGGAGUUGUGUGCGAGCACCUCGCCUUCUUCUUCUCCGUCCCCGUGAGCUGGGAACGACACAAAGCAUAUAAGAGUUCCGCAGGGAAAGCUCUGUUUGCACGCAUGCUGGCGCGGCUGCCUGCCCUCUUGGAGGCGAUGUUUACUUGGGUCGAUUUCUUUCGAGCGACGUCGGAUUGCGUGGCUGUCUUCGAACACGCCAUCGCCGCACUGCAGGUGGCGACGGAUGCUCGGGGGAAAGACAAGCCCGCGCAAACGUGCGUAAAACGAGACGGAAAACCGAGUGGGCCCCGCGGCGGGAGCGCCAAGGACGAAGCGGCCGGUCUGGCUCGUCUGUCGUGGAAUAGUGGCGCCUGCGUUGGACAUGCAGUCUGCGAUUUUUGGCAAGACGCCGUGUUGCAGGGUGAACUCAACAGAGGAGUCAAAGCCUGCAAAGGAAAGGUCGACGAAGGGCGGACAGACCAGUCAGCGAAAGGGAUACAGGAACUCAACUUGGCUCUCUGCAAGGAUAGUUCUCCGCAAGGAGAGAAAGAGAACACGUGCCCAGAGGAGACACAGGAACUGCACGUCUCGCAGGAGCACUUCCAGCUCCGGUCCAUGCAAGAAGAACUGGAUCUCGACACCCGAAACAAUCGCAACAAACCCGUGACGGGCUUGACCGCUCCAGCGAAUCGAACCCAAGAACAAGGUGCUCGAAAUGAGGCAGCUGAGACGGACGUGGGCGUCAUGGAAGAGAACGCUGUGGGGGUGCUGCGAGUGCUGCUAGCUCGCGGCGUGUCGGGAAAAAUCGAGGCGACAAAGCAUGAGAUGAUGGCUUUUUUCGGUACUCCAAAGUUCCAGCUGUUUGUCCCUGCUCACCGCACAAUUGCACUGCGUUUCUUCGAAGUCAGAAACAGCACAGGUCUUCUGUAA